AUGAUGCCGGCGCGACGGCGCACACACCGCACGUUGUCUAUCGCUGUGCUAGCAUGUGUUUUUGUUUACAUUCUCAUUCAUCUCAGGUCUUCACCUUUGUCAUCAUCGGUCCGGGAGCUUGACAAGCUCAAGCAGUUCAUGAAUUAUGGCAGCAACGUCCCCUCCACGCUGGUGGCCACCAAGAGCAGUGUUGACUGGGCUGCGAUUCGCAUGUCUCAUAUGCCCCCGUCAAAACUGACAAAACUGCCUCGAGGUCGAAAAUCGCGACUUCCGCGUAUUCAGCACGCAUUUGCGUCCGAGUUACCGUCGGAUGCAGUCUUGCGAGAGUUCCGACAAGACCAAGUACGUCAGGUAUUCAGGAAUGACUGGCAAAAUUACCGCCAGUAUGCUUGGGGAAAAGAUGCACUCAAUCCCGUAUCGGGUACCGCCAAGGAUCAAUUUUCAGGAUGGGCAGCCACUUUGGUUGACUCUCUCGACACGCUUUGGAUCAUGGGUCUGAGAGAUGAGUUCAACGAGGCUGUUGCCGCUGUGGCCAAGAUAGACUUUGGAAAUAGCACGUCCAACCGCGUCAACAUCUUCGAAACCAAUAUUCGUUAUCUGGGCGGCUUGUUAGCGGCUUAUGAUUUGAGCAACUCUGACGUGUUGCUCACCAAGGCGGUUGAACUUGGAAAUCUCAUAUACGCUGGGUUCAACACUCCAGACCACAUGCCCGUGGACUUUAUCGACUUUGAGGCUGCCAAGCGUGGAACCGGUUUAGAAGUCGAAGAAUGGGUCGUCUCAGCUUCUCCGGGGACGUUGUCACUCGAAAUGACACACCUGUCACAGAUCACGGGUGAUGAUAAGUACUACGACGCGGUUGCACGAGUUAUGCAGGAGUUUCACAAGCAACAGCCCAAGACCAAACUGCCGGGACUAUGGCCAAUAUGGGUCUCGAUGAGAAGUCUGGACCUAUCAAAUCGAAUUGAAUUCAGCCUGGGAAGCAGUGCUGACUCUCUGUACGAGUAUCUGCCAAAGAUGUACGCGCUGCUCGGCGGCCAAGAACCCAUGUACGAAACAAUGACGAAGAGUUUUAUGAACGCAGCUACCACACACAUGUUCUUUCGGCCAAUGCUACCUGGUGGAGAGGAUAUCCUUAUUGCCGGCAAUAUUAAUGUUGAAAGCGAUGGAUCAUCACCAUUAGAUCCCGAGAGCGAACAUUUAGCUUGCUUCAUAGCUGGCACAAUGGCACUCGGAGGUCGGUUAAUGGGCCAACCUGGCGAUGUUGAAACAGGCGCGAAACUCGCCAAAGGUUGCGCAUAUGUCUACAAUGCGUUUGCGAGUGGCUUAAUGCCAGAGAGAUAUAACAUGGUGCCGUGUGAGCCUAUACUUGCGGCGAACUGCGCAUGGGACGAGAAGAGAUGGAUUGAGGAACAGCAGAUGCGCGACGAGUGGAAGCCACACUUGCCAAAGGGAUUCACGACGGCCAAAGAUCCUCGUUAUCUUCUGCGACCAGAAGCUAUCGAGAGUUUGUUUAUCUUGUACCGAAUCACCGGCGAGCGAAGCUAUCAGGACACGGCGUGGAAAAUGUUUCAAGCUGUCCAUAAGGCUGCGAAGACUAAAUAUGGGCACGCAGCUGUCCGCGAUGUAACCAGGGUGUUCGACGAAGAGUCCCGACAGCAGAAUCUUGAGGAUUAUAUGGAAAGUUUCUGGUUUGCCGAGACAUUGAAGUACUUUUAUCUCAUCUUUUCGCCGCCGGACUUGAUCGACCUUGAUGAGUUUGUGCUCAACACAGAGGCACAUCCAUUUCGGAGACCACAAUAG